AAACACACACAUACACACACACUUAAAGAGAGAGAGAGUGAGAAGGAGAGAGGGGGGAGAUACACUGAGAAAGACUUAAACCUCAGGUCAGCACUAGUAUUUCUUGACCAACUUAAAAAAACUUUAGUAACACAAAGAGGUUUUCAAUUUCGGAUUUUCUUUCAUUUCAUUUUCUUGCUGUGGGGUAGAAGGAGAAAGAGGAAUUGGGCAUUCACGUCUUCCGUUUUGGGAAAUAUUGUUUUUUUUUUCAUUUGCUUUGCUCAUUAUUCUCCCCCAUGCCCUGCAGUCGCAGACGAUAAAGACGCAAAAGAAGGGCCCGCUGAAGAUCUGAAGAUGAACAACACCUUCUCCAACACCUCCAUGAAGUGUGUUCGGGAUACCAGUGUAACAGCUGUGGUUUUCCCCUGUCUGUACAGCAUCCUCUUUAUAGUUGCCCUAAUACUGAACUCCCUGGCUGCAUGGAUCUUCUUCAACAUUCCCAGCACCUCAACAUUUGUGGUCUUUCUCAAAAAUGUGGUGGUGGCCGACUUGCUGAUGACCCUGACCAUCCCUCUGAGAGUCUUAAGCGACGCCGGCGUUGGUUCUUGGCGUCUUCGUGCCUUCCACUGCAGAUAUUCUGCGGUUCUCUUCUACAUCACCAUGUACAUCAGCAUCCUCCUGCUGGGCCUCAUUAGUUUGGACCGCUACCUGAAGAUCGUGAAGCCCUUUGGGAAGUGUAUCCUGCAGCGCGUCCGUGUCGGUCAGCUGCUGAGUGCUGCAGUUUGGGUGGUCAUGUUAUGUUUAGCGCUGCCCAACGUAAUUUUAAGUGACCAGACGCCACACGUCUCUGGAGGCAAACUGAAGUGCAGCUCCAUGAAGAGCAAAGCCGGCCUGCUGUGGCAUGAAGGGUUCAACUACUUCUGUCAGGUGGUUUUCUGGGGUACGCUUGCCCUCAUGGUGGUUUGCUACACAUUCAUCAGCAAGAAGGUCUAUGAGUCAUACAAAGCCUCAAAGAGCAGAUCUCAGGCAGCCAGUCGCAGAACCAAGGCAAAGGUCUUCGUGGUGGUGGGGGUGUUUUUCAUCUGCUUCGCCCCCUUUCACUUCGCCCGCGUCCCCUACACCCUGACCCAGACCCGCAGCAUCGCCAGUCAUUGCCAGGCACAGAACGCGCUCUACAUUGCCAAGGAAACCACCCUGUGGCUGUCGACCACUAAUGUGUGCCUGGACCCGCUUAUCUACGUGUUCCUGUGCAAGGUGUUCAGAAAGAAACUGACCGCCGCACUCUGCUGGAAGCCGCUUUACAAAGGUACCACGGAGUCUGCCACAGCAACGUCAACUCAACUAGAGAUGUCACAAAUAAACCACAGUAACAGACUGUCAUAUAAUGGCAUGCUGCAGCACAGUGAACAAUACACAAUGGAGCACAAUUAAUAACUGUUAUAGCCCCGGGUGAGAUGAGAUGUUUUACUUGUAAAUAGCUUUUGUUCUUGAUGACAGGGUGUAAAAAAAAUCUAAGAAUUAAGCAAAGUUAGCAAAAUGUGGCAAAUGAACUUUGUUGUGCAAGAGUAAAAAAUCUAACAUUUCUGGGAGUGGUCAUAAAGUUUCAUGUCAUCGGUGAACACUGUGGUUGAUACAGUACUAACCAAGCACUUCUGUAUUUGUCAAGUCAUCCAACACACUUCCUUUGUUGUGCUCACUGUCAUUUUCUGCUUCCUUCUGUCUAAUCUCGCUCAAACUGCACUUUCCUUUCUCAAAACGUUGGCUAAAUGGUAAACAACUUGACAGCACAAUUUUUCAAGUGAUUGCCACCAAGUGUACAGGCACUGAAAGAUAACAAAAACGAGUUGGGAACAAAGGACUAAGACAGCAAUCUCUUCUAGAAAUAUGUAUAUCAAUAAUAAUAUUAAUAAAUUUUAUAUUUUUCUUA